ACAUCCUAGAGCAGCAAGGGCCUGUCCUUUUCACCCCAGGAUGUAGAACUGCUGAGUCACUUAGUCAAGCCUCUGGACUCCCCAGUUUGACAGUGUAUCAACCAUAACACAUUCACUUCCUUUUUCUCUUUGCCUGUAUCUUUCUAUGAGUCUCCACUUCUCCACCGUGCUUCCCGGAAUCAUGCUCUGCAAGCACAUCCGCCACUGGAGCAGCCAUGCCCUGUCUUUACCCUUGACGGCAGGUGGCAGCAGGACCAUGUGGAUGGAAGCAGGAUCAGCCCUGUGAACUGAUGCUUCCUGUCGCGAUGUGUUUCUCUGUAAUAUGUGUCACCAUCUGCCUCACCACGGCUCUUUCUUCCUUUUGUUUUUAACUUCCUCUCUGCCAUCAGAACGUAACCCUAUGAGGGCAGAGAUUUUUGUGCUAACUCCAGUACUGAGUCCAGUGGGAGAGGUGGUGUCCUGUGAAGCAUGCUGGUGGGGAGCAGGGGACAAUGGGAUGGAUCUAGUCCUUGAGCUUGUUGUGUGUGAGCACAUUCUCCUUGCAGUGGCUCAUAACCGGACAGUUUUCAUUCUCUUUUUCUUACCAGUCUCCUGGGAGAUUAACUUGAGUGACUUACAGGAGAAGGAUGUUAAUCAGUUCAGCUCCAACGGCUUCCAGUGCCCAACAUGCUUGGCUGUGAAGGGAAGAGAAUGUGACAAUGAACUCAAAUGGUGUGCAGCAGAUAAGCUAAAGUGUUUUGAGUUCUCCGGCAUCAUAAAAACAGGUAUUAACAACAUAUCCAUUGAAAUGAAGAAGUGCAUACAAGCAGACCUGUGCGAGGAGGCGCUCACUUCCUACCUGGGUUUACCCAUCAUUAACAAGACUGGGAACUGCAGACCGGCUCUCAGAAGCGGGGCCUGCGUCCAGCCCCCAGCUCGCAUCCUCCUCUUCCUCUUCCUGGGGAAGCUACUGCGCUGAGCUCCUGCAAGGGCCUGGCCGCCUCCAUUUCUGAUUAAAGUUCCAUUCUUCA